AUGGAUAUUCCACAUUUGGCAUGGUUUAAGGUGCUGCUCGCGGUUGCAAAGCACUCCUCUGAAGAUCUGUACAGCAUGGCGGGAACAUGCAAGUUAUUUCAACAAAUGCUGAAUGAUCCUGAGGUUUGGACAAUCGUGUCAGUAGAUAAGUACCAGUGGCAUGAGGACUGGUACGGUGAAGAUGAAGGCAAAAUUAUUGAGUUCUUGCAAAAGUGCAAAGAACAGAACAAUCAAGAAAUCAUUUACAGAGACGCUAUUCAGGACUUCUUCCUGAAGAUUGAUGAUGAGGCGCUGAAGAACCUGCGGGUGGCGGCUAUGGCAGGGCAUAAGGAAGCCUCCUACCUUGUUGGCUUGCUAGGGCUGUUGAACCCUAGCCAGGGCAAGGAGAAUGCGAUGGAGUUUUUGUGCCAUCUCAGCAAAAAGAAGAAACUGAACAGGCAAGCUUGCAGGGAUUCAACAAGCAAUCGACUGCGUCGGUAUACAAUGUGUGCCACCGUGACUCCUCCUAUGCUUCAAAAGUUUACUGCAGACGAACAAUUUUUACAAGACUGCAUUCACUGUGAGGGUAAUCGGGAGUGGUAUCAGUUAUGGAACUGCUGGGGCGUCGACUGGCACAACGUAAAUGCUUGGAACUGCUGUGAACCCUGCAAAUGGAAGAGGGAGCUAUUCUGCAUCCAGCACGAACUCCAGUUGAUCACUGCAUGGGUUUAA